AACGGAGGGAGGGGAGCAGAGCAGCAGUGUAGGAAUAGAGGAGGAAGCAGCGAGGAUGGCGGAGUCACACCUCUGAAGCAACACUUCAAUGGAUUAAAAACCUUGAUGACCUUUGCAGCCUGAAAGAACUUAUAUCCAAAGGUCCUGGGAUUGUAUGCAGUUCAGACACUUGAGCAUGUGGCCCGUGGGUGCCACAAUCCAGCUACUUCAAAGGAUUUUUUCUCCCAUGGCAUUUUAACAAAUUAUCAAAAGUAUCCAAAAAAACCUUUGGAUCACAAGUCCUUUAUUUCAAGGACAAUCAUAAAUGUGUCCUGCACAGGGAUGUUUUCUUUAAAAGCCUCCUUGGUUGUCUGUGUCCCUUUUUUCCCGAAUAAGUAACCCGACAAGAGACUCCCAUGAGCAACUCCGGAGGAGGAGACACGUUUACGUCAACAUGAGUAGUACUUUAGGCAAAGAAAAAGAUUCGAAAGAAAAGGACCCCAAAUGUGGUCCAGCGGGGAAAGAAAGGGAAAAGGAGGCCAAGGCUCUAGCCAGCUUAGUCAAAGAUGGUGGCAAAGAAACGAAGACCAAAGGGAAAGAUGCCAAAGAAGGAAAGAAGGACACCAGCAGCUCAACACCAGGUGUUGCCUUCUCUGUUGACAAUACAAUAAAGCGGCCAAACCCGGCACCAGGUACACGCAAGAAGUCCAGCAAUGCCGAGGUGAUCAAAGAGCUCAACAAGUGCCGAGAGGAAAACUCAAUGAGACUGGACUUAUCUAAACGGUCCAUUCACAUGCUGCCCACCUCGAUUAAGGAGUUGACGCAGCUGGCUGAACUCUACUUAUACAGCAACAAGCUGCAGAGUCUGCCGGCGGAGGUAGGUUGCCUAUCAGGCCUGGUCACUUUGGCCCUGAGCGAGAACUCCCUGACUAGUUUGCCUGACUCCCUGGACUCCCUUAAGAAGCUUCGAAUGCUUGACCUCCGGCACAACAAGCUGAGAGAGAUACCUGCUGUUGUCUACCGGCUGACGUCUCUGACCACGCUGUACCUGCGGUUCAACCGUAUCACAACAGUGGAGAAGGAAAUCCGAAACCUAUCCAAGCUCACUAUGCUCAGCAUUCGUGAGAACAAGAUUAAACAGCUGCCUGCAGAGAUAGGGGAGCUAUGCAACCUCAUAACUCUGGAUGUUGCCCAUAACCAGCUGGAACACCUACCGAAGGAGAUUGGGAAUUGCACACAGAUAACCAACCUUGACUUGCAGCACAAUGAGCUCCUGGACCUCCCAGAGACUAUAGGCAAUCUGGCUAGCAUAAAUCGCUUAGGUCUGAGAUACAACCGAUUGUCAGCCAUCCCCAGGUCACUAGCCAGAUGUCGAGAACUGGAGGAGCUAAACCUUGAAAACAACAACAUUUCAGUGUUGCCAGAGGGCCUACUGUCGAGUUUGGUCAACCUGACCAGUCUAACACUGGCGAGGAACUGCUUCCAGUCGUAUCCUGUGGGUGGACCAUCCCAGUUCUCCACCAUCUACUCCCUCAACAUGGAGCACAACCGCAUCAACAAGAUCCCCUUUGGUAUCUUCUCCAGGGCCAAAGUUUUAAGCAAGCUUAACAUGAAGGUAUGUAUGCAUGUUUUCUGUGUGAGAUAAACUGUAAGAAAAAUU